AAUUAGUCCAUUCUUCCCUCUCCCUUUCUCCCAAACUUUCCUUCUUCUAACACUCAUUGUGUAUGUUUUUUACAUAGGGUUGAUUGUUCCUAAUUUCUUUCCCUAUAUCUUUCUCUCUCUCUAGAUCUUCUCUCUCUAUACUUUCCUUUUUUCCUCAAUAAUAAUAAUCCUAACAAAUCCCCUUAAAAAAUUCCUAUUUUUUCUCAUAAAUUAUUAUAGCAAAGAAUAGAGCAUACAGUCUUUGUAGAGAGAGAAAGGAUCAAGUCAAAAGAAAUGGGCCAAUUCCAUUUCUAAAAUUCUCAAUUCCCAAUUAGUUUAUUUUCUCUAAUUUGUACCCUUCUCUCUUCCUCACUUCCUAUCAUUUUCCUCUUCUCUAUCAAAUCCUCCACCUUUUUAAUCACAUUUCUUAUUCAACUCUUACAAAACUCAGUGAAAAUUUUCUUACAGAAAAAGAAAACCCAAUCUUUUUUUUCUGUUCUGAAACUGGGUAUAUUACAAACUUAAUCAUAGUAAUUAAAGUUUUGUAGUUUUUUUUUAAAAAAAAAUAAAUUUCUGGGGUUGUUUGUUGCUUACAUUUGUUGUUCACCUGUCCGAUUUUUAUUUUUCUGGAAAUUAUUUUGUUAAUCCCUUGAAAGUCACUUCAAUCCUCCAUAUUCACAAAUAAAGUUGGGAUUUUGUGAGGAUUUUUAUAUUUUUAUUUGAUUUUCUUGCGUUAAAAGUGGGUUUUUCUGGGAUUUCGUCAUUUCAUUUCCCAUUCAGAAAUCCAUCGAGUUUAUUCUAUUCUAUUCUAUUCUAUUCUAUUCAGAUUCUGAUUUGAUCGAAUAAAUUCUCUGAUUUUUUUUACGCAUUUUUCCAGCUUUUUAAUUUCCUUGAAAAUUAAUUCAGAAAUAAGAAUUUUGAGAUUUUAACUACUGGGUUUUGAUUAAAACAAGUUUUUAGGAUCUGGGUUUGUGAGAGUUUAAUCAAAAAUGACCUCAAAAUCAGGUGGUCAUGGGCUUGAUAAUUGGAGAGACUUUUUUAGAAACGCGAAAAACUCUGAUAUAUUUGAUAUUAUUGAGCACGCAAUAAUGGUGGCAUCAUCAGAUUGUCCAAAAGAGUUCCGAGUUAGGAGGGAAAGAAUCGCUGAGUUGCUUUUCACAUGUAAAUUGACUCGGUGUUUAGGGUGUGAACGAGUUGAGUUGGCUGUUUCUGAGAUUGAUAAUAUUAAUGAUGAUGAUGUCAAAGUUGUUAUUAAAGGGGUUGAUCAAUUUAAUGAUGAUGUUGAUGAUGAUGAUCAUCUUAAUGGUGGUGAUGGAAGUAAAGGAAGUAAGGUUAAUAGUACAACUAGGGAUGAUUAUGAUCAAGUUGAUGCUGGUGAUGAUGUGAUGUUAAAUCAUGAAAGUAAUUUUAGUUAUGGUGAUGCUGAGGCUUUAACUGAUGCCAUUGAAGAAACUAAUGGGGUUAUUGAAGAGGUUUUUAGGAUCAAAGAUAUACUUCUUAAUAGUCAAGAUGAGUCUGAUUCAGUGUUGUUUGAGUCCUUAAGGAGGCUACAAUUGAUGGCUUUGACUGUUGAUAUCUUAAAGAUGACGGAGAUUGGGAAGGCGGUUAACCGGAUUAGGAGACACAACUCGAAGGAGAUUCGUCAUCUUGCUCGGGGAUUAAUAGAUGGGUGGAAGAUCAUCGUUGACGAGUGGGUGAAAGCCACGCAAGAGCUUGCCGCAGCAGAAGGAGGUACCCCUGAUUCCGCUAACCCAUCCACAGUUGAUGAAGAAGAAGGGCUUCCUUCUCCUCCUAUGGAUGAAGGAGCGUUUUUCUCGACACAAACUAUGGACUUUUCACAGUUCUUUGAUGGCAUGGAUGAUGAUGGAAAUCCUCGAAACUGUGGGGAAUUCAACAAGAACCAGGAUGUUCGGGAAGUUGGAAGGAGGCCCUCUACGGUUAAACAAGACCCUCCAAAGCGAAGGGAAGAACCUCUAAAACAGGCGAUUCCCCUCGCAAAGGAUAACAAGGUGCAGCAAGGAAGAAGGCAAGAGCCCCUUCCGAAGCCAAUCAAACCCGUAAACACACAAUCUGGCCCUGGUAGACCUGCAAAGCCUAAUGGUGAGCUGAAAAUGGUAAAAGAAUCUAAGUUGCAGCUGAAACUCGGGAAGCCCUCGGAUCAAAGGAGACCGCCUCCUCAACCUGAGAAGAUACGAUCUUCAGGCGACAAUACCGUACAAGAUAAACUAGAAGCCACAAAAAGGAAACUUCAAGAGCGGUAUCAACAAGCCGAGAAUGCAAAGAGGCAGAGGACUAUACAAGUGAUGGAGAUACAAGACCUUCCGAAGCAAGGGCUUUCGAGACCUAACCCAUUUGCCAAAUUCGGUAACAACAACAGGAAUUGGGCGAAUGGAAGGAGAUAAUAAUCCAUGAGCCCCAAUUUUUCGCUUCACCAUGGCUGACAUAUUUCCGAUAGCAAGUGUACUUUAGCGGAAGUUUGAGCUUCGUGCUGAUAAUCGAGUGUUGGAUCGGAUGAAUCCUUCAAAUGGGUAUUCAGUACCCAUAAUCUAGGGGAAUGAGGUCUCCAACUCUCCGGGAAACAUUCUCUCUUGAGCAGUUGCUUUAGCAGACAUUUGAACUAAGAGUGCUGAUAUAACUUGCUAUGUUUUAGUGACUGUUUGGUACAGUUUCUUUGAUCUAAAUUGUGCACAAAAACUAAUGUGCAUCUUCAUUAAGCUCACAUAGAUAUGUAACCAAAAAUGAAGUACAUAUGUUACCUUAUAUAUUUGUGCAAAGGGAAAUAAAACCAAAAAAAAAAAAAAAAAAAAAA